CACGUUUCCCUCCCCGUUCCAUGGAAGCUCUCAAAACAUAAAACUGGUUGAUCUUGGACAACAUAAUGCAGAUCUAAAGUUCACAGACAAAGAAAAUAUAGCAUGUGAAUUUUCAGGAAUAUAUAGACUAAAUAGACUAAAACUAUUGAGACAAAACGGAUAAAUGGAUUCUGCUGUAUCAUCAACAAAUGGUAAACGAAAACGUGAGGACGAAGAUACAAAGGGAGAUAAUACCAAUAAAUGUGUUGUCAAGGAGGGAUUUUCUUGGUGGACAGGUUUGAUGUACGAUAUGCCGAAAUCCAUGACAAAACCACAACCUGUGGACAAAAAUUCAAAAAGUUGAUGUCUACUUAGUAUUAGGACUUAUGUGUUGAAAUUUUUAAUUGUAUGUUUGAUGUGUUGAUUUUUGUUUGAUUUUUGUUUUUUUUACUUCAAGAAUUUUUGUAUCAAAUCAUUAAAUGCUUUUCAUUUCAUUCUGUCAAUGCAUUCCAUUACGUGAAGCUAAAGAAUCGUUCUAUGCAUUUUAUACACAAAUAGGCACAUAUACACUUAUCAGCAUUUAAGUUAUUUGUAUAUAUAUGACUUGUACUCACAAAGACUUGUUAGUGUUUAUUAGAUACUUUUGUCCUUAAAAAAAAACAAACUUAUUAACUUGAAAAUAAGGACCGUUUAUAAGCAGUAAAUAGAAUUAUUACAGUCAAAGUGAUGGAAAAUAUUUACAAGGAUCCUUUGCCAGAAUGUUCAUUUACCAGCUCAGGGAAAAUUGUUCCAGUGCAACAAGAAAAGGACACACUAAUAACUGUUGAAAAUGUUGAAUUGAAUGAUUCUGCAAUUGACUUCCCAUGCAAGCCAGAGAAACCCUCAGACACUGAUUGUUGUGGAUCAGGCUGUAUUCCAUGUGUUUUUGAUAUCUAUGACCAAGAAAUCAAAAUAUGGGAACAUGAAUGUUCCAGACUAAGAAAUAAAGCUGCACCUGGUGAGGAUGACUUGUAUAAAGAAAAGUCAAUGUUAUCAGAGCUGGAAUACAGAAAGUUUACAAUAUCUCAGGUUUGGCCCGAGACAGGAGAUACAAACAGAUACAGAUUCAAGCUUCCAUUUGACAGAGAUCUGGGUUUACAGAUUGGGCAGCACAUAAUAGUCAGGGGAAGAAGUUUAAAUGAAACAAUUACAAGACAGUACACACCGAUAACUGACAUUACAACCUCUGGUUACUUUGAUCUUCUAAUAAAAAUUUACAGAGAUGGAAAGAUGUCAAAGAUAAUCAGGGACUGGAAAGUUGGAGAUGAGGUAGAAAUUAGAGGACCUUUUGGAUCACUGGAUUAUUUCCCUGGAAAAUACAGAUGUAUACUGAUGCUAGCUGUAGGUACAGGCAUUGCUCCAAUGUCUCAGGUUAUACAAGGUAUACUGAACAAUGAAGAAGAUGAAACGUUUAUACACCUUCUCUAUGGCUGUCACACUUAUAAAGAUAUACUGAUGAAGACAGAAUUAGAUGGGUGGGCAGGCUACUGGAAUUUCUCUGUUACAUAUGCUUUAAACCAGGAACAGGAGAAGAAUUAUCAAUAUGGAGAUAAAGUUUGUGAGAGAAGAAUUGAUGAGACUUUGAUACAACAGGAAAUCAGUGGUAAAACUAUGGAUAAGUUCAUGAUUCUAAUUUGUGGAACUAGGUCAUUUGAUGAGGAUAUAAUGAAAUGCUGUGAUAAUCUAGGAUUUAAUCAAAAACAGAUGUUUAAAUUCUAAAUAAUAAUCUCACCUAAGAUAACUGUUCACUGGUUUCAUAUGUUUACACGAAAUUUAGGUUCUCAAGGGAGACAACUACAUACUACUAAUUGAAAUGUGAUUAACAACUUUUCGGAGGAAAUAUCUUAUGAACUAGACCAUUGACAAGUCUUUAAUUACUUCUUUCCAACACCUUUAGGUCAACCAGUGUGUAUUUUCUUGAAACAAAAAAUUAGAUUCUUGAUGUUGAUAUCAUUUGUAGGAGAAAAACAAAUGAACAGAUUAAUUUUAAACAUGUUUUGACGAUACACAUUUGCUUUACAUUUUCUAUAUAAUAUUUAUGAAGGUAAAACAUAAUAUUGAGUUUGCAAACUUCUGUCUGUUAUCCUUUGCUUUGCUUAUAAUGAAACACCUCCUAGAUUUUGGUGGGGUUCAUUUUG